AUGCGUUCCUCAGCUUUCAGUAUUCGAUCUCUUCUCCAUCCGAGCGGUACGGGUGGUCACUCAGUCCCUUGGUUGGUCAGUAUCAGUCCCACACGCCUCCCCGCCACGCCUCCACGCCACGCCUCCACGCAGUCACGCCGCCACGCCACUGUGUUAGAUGAAGAUUGCGUGGGUGGUGUGUGUGUAGCAGCGUGGGCGGCAUGGGCGGCAGCAGCACCCACAAAAAACAGUGCCUCUCCCAGCAGUUCCUUGGACAGUCACAGACCAAUCAGGCGCGUUCAGAGAGACACAGACGAUGAAUCGGAGGAGUCGGAGUCUCUGAGCACGAUAGAGCAGGCGGAGGUCAUCACCAUCCCGUCACUAUCACCGUCACUGCAGCACAAGCGACACACUGUUGACGCUGACUUACCCACAGCAAGCCUCACUUCUACCUCUGGAGUGGGCUUAGGUCUUCCCUCCACUCAGUCCUUCAGUAACCCUGCCUCCGUGGUCCCGUCUGGCGUACCACUGGACCUGAACACCGUAGAUCCCGCGUACCAUGUGGCUCUGGGCGCGCCCAACCCUUCCUUCUCAACGCCAGACUUCUUCGCGCAGGAACUAGAAGCUCUCGAGGACUUGAUCCAGUCUCGCUCGUUACCCAGCGGAGCCUCUGUGUCAAUUGGCGGCGGGAAUGGCGUUGGGGGGCAGGUGGCGGCCAGUCCCGUGGGUGUCCCACUACAAGUAACAGAGAUCGGGGGUCUACAAGGGGACCCACAAAUAAUCCCAGGGGACAUUCUGAACCUUAACGCAGGAGACUUGCAGGGACUGCAGGGCGCGUCCUUCGGGGCUGGGAGUGCACUGCAGGGCGACUUGGCAACCUUUGUCGGCACUGACCUGCUGGGAAACACCGGGGACCUGCAAGGCGUGGCGGAAAGCUUUGGGGGCUCUUAUCUAGGAUCUGAGGGUCUUGAGGGGCUGCAGCUGACACCUACAGGGUUUGGAGGGCUGCAGGGUGAUUCCUACGGGGUGGCCUUGCCCCUCGGAAACACAGGGGGACUACAGGGUGGGUCAGCUGGCUUCGAGGGUGUUUCUUUAUCGCUUGGUGACACUGCAGGGCUACAGGGUGGGUCAGCAGGCUUAGACGGGCUACAGAGCGGUUCUUACGGUGUUUCUUUGCCUCUUGGCAACACUGCAGGGCUACAGGGUGGGUCAGCAGGCUUUGAGGGCGUUUCCUUACCGCUUGGCAACACUGCAGGAGUACAAGGUGGGUCAGCAGGCUUGAAUGGGCUACAGAGCGGUUCUUACGGUGUUUCUUUGCCUCUUGGCAACACAGAAGGCUACGUGGGUGGGUCUGGGGGCCUGGACGCGCUGCAGGCUGGGUCUUACGGAGUGUCGCUGCCUUUUGGCAGCUCUGGAGACCUGCAGCUCGGAGGGGUGAGUCUGGGUGACCUGCAGACUCACUUAGGUGUGAACACAGCAAACUUUGGCGUUGGUGGACUUGACGGAGUGACUCUACAGGCUGCAGGAUCAGAUGGGGCAGGCGUGACCUUCACUGACGCAACAGCGCCAAGCCUUGACACCGGCGGAAUUCCCCUUGGAGCCUCAGGAGUGUCAGACGUGACUUUGGCGGGUCUGGAUAACGUCGGGGUGCCUCUCGCUGAGGCUGUGGAGAUCAAUCACUUUUCGGGGGACCCCACUGAGGUACCGGGGACCUUCACUGCCUCCUCCUUUGACCCUGCCUCCCUGGACAGCCUGGGCCAGCUGCUCAGCGACAACGUAGAGGAUAUCGAGGAUCCCAGCCAGCCCCUGGGAAGUUUUCUCAUGGACAUCAACGGCAAGAACGGCAUGAUGGUCCUUCCCGCCUCGGAGCUGGCGGCUCUGCAGAAUGGCGAGCUGAGCGUGACGGCUGCCGCCAACGCCUCGCUCCACACUAACUUUUCACUCAGCGCGGAGCUCAACGACGACGGUUUCCUGGACAUUGAUCUUGAUGGCCUCGCCGGAGACGCCAACGAUCUCGAAGUGGCCCCGAGUCUGGCCACCAUCCUGGCCACCACCCUCAGCGGCAACUUCAGCACCAUCGACCUGCUCGCCUCUGCCUCAGCGCCCACCGGCAGCACCUUCACUACCACCACCACCACCACCACCACUACCACCACCACCACCGAGGGUCCGCCACGCCUGGGAAAGAUCCUGCCCAACCUGCUGUCCGCCAAGGGAGAGUUCUUCGGUACGCUGCUGGGCGGCCUGACUGACAUCGCAGAGACCAUUUACAGAGCCAUCACGGAGACUGACUGGACGGCAGCCCCCGCGACACACUCCUACUCCCAACACUGACGGGCCGCGGCACGCCACCUGAUGGCUGCUUGAUUCCUGGCGGUGCAGCUGGCCCAACGCAGCAGCAGCAGCAGCCAUCCUGCCUAUGCUCAUCCUGGUGUGGCACUCGCACACACACACACACACACACACACACACACACACACACACACACACACACACACACACACACACACACACACACACACACACACACACACACACACACACACACACACACACACACACACACACAGGGGGGAUAGAGAUUUUUGACCUCACAAAAUCAGGCAUCACUAGAUUCUGCUGAUAUCAAAGUGUUUGGACUCCGCGCUUAGCGAUCUGUGGUGAAGAAUCGAGGAAUCGACAAAUAUUCAGGUUUAGAAUGCUAACAUAUGUAUACGAAUCUAAGUGCAGCAUUAAAACUCCAUGAUAUUGGUGAUGAAAAAAAAAAAAAAAAAUAGGAAAACAACAAAAACAGGAGACGCAUUAACAAGCACAAGACAGUAAACACACACCGUUACAAUUCCAAUGAGACUACAAGAAGAAGAAGAAGAAGAAGAAGAAGAAGGCUGCAGGUUGGCUUUCAGUAAUAGUUUAAGUGUCCUUUGUGUCGUCAAGCUAUUUUCUUUAGUUCUUAAUUAACUCCACUGACCUUUAGUUACUGAUUCCCUUUAACGUGUACAUAGUUUUAUAUUAUACCAAACACAUUCCCGUAACAUAUCGUGGCGUGUGUCUGUGUCCAUGUUUCCUCUCCCCGUCAGUCUGUUCGUCUCUGUUGCUUCAUUAUCUUUAUUACUUGCGUUUAAUCAAGUGUAAAAUAAACUACAGAAUGUC